UGGAGCGAUGUUAUCACAGCGAAGAAGUGAAGCUCGAAGUCGUUAUAAGUUGCUGUGUCGCUGUCAAGAAAGCCUGGGCGGCUCUCGUGGGUUUUUCUUCUCGCGGGGUUCGGGCGUUUUCUUCUCCAGCCGAAACGCCAAGCGUUGCUUUUUCUUGCCGGUGUUCUCUGGUCUCCGGCGGCCCUCCCUCUCCGAUAGUCUUCUUCUCGACGGCCGACGACGACGGAGGUGGCGGACGCGGGCGGUGGCGAGGACGGCCGUUCAGGUGAAAUCUAGCAGCAUAUCUUUGGAGCAAGAGUAACUGGAGCUGGUUGGGUCUUUCCUAGACUUGGAUUUUGGCAAUGGCAGGAGGAGCAGGAGGGAACUCUAGGGAGCUAGACCAGACCUCGACGUGGGCCGUUGCCGCUGUCUGUGCUGUUAUCAUCCUCUUCUCCUUGCUUCUGGAAAAGGGACUUCAUCAUCUCGGAGAGUGGCUUAUUAAGAAACACAAGAAGGCUUUAUUUGAAGCUCUGGAGAAGGUUAAAGCUGAGUUGAUGAUUCUUGGUUUCAUUUCCUUACUGCUGACUCUUGGACAGAAUUGGAUUGUGAAAGUCUGUAUAUCUGAGAAAGCUGCAAGCACCAUGUUGCCAUGCCGCCUAGAAAAGGAGGAAGUGGCAGCAGAGAGUGGUGAAAGAAACCAUAGUAGACUAUUAUGGGACACACUCUUGGAUUCAAACCCAAAGCGAAGGAUCUUGGCUGCACCUGCAGCUGGUUCUUCAUGUUCUUCAGGGAGCGUGCCACUUGUUUCAUUGAAUGCACUGCAUCAGUUGCACAUGUUUAUAUUUUUCUUGGCCGUCUUUCAUGUAGCUUAUAGUGCUAUUACAAUGGCCCUUGGAAGAGCAAAGAUACGGAGAUGGAAGGAGUGGGAGAAGGAGACUUCAUCCACAUAUUAUGAAUUCUCUAAUGAUCCUUCAAGAUUCAGAUUUGCUAAUGAGACAACUUUUGUGAAGCAGCAUACAAGUUUCUGGAAUAGAAUUCCAAUCUUAUUGUAUAUUGUAAGCUUCUUUCGACAGUUUUUCAGGUCUGUUCGUAAGACGGAUUAUUUGGCAAUGCGUCAUGGAUUUAUCAAUGUUCACUUGGCUCCAGGAAGUAAGUUUAACUUUCAAAAGUAUAUUAAAAGGUCUCUGGAGGAUGACUUUAAGGUGGUUGUGGGGAUCAGUCCUCUCUUGUGGGCUUCUGCUGUAAUAGUUCUGCUUCUUAAUAUUCAUGGAUGGCACGAACUGUUCUGGGUAUCAAUAAUUCCUCUAAUUAUAAUUUUAGCAGUUGGAACAAAGCUUCAGGCUAUUAUCACUCAGAUGGCAAUUCAAAUUCAAGAGAGGCAUUCAGUAAUUCAAGGAAUUCCUCUUGUGCAACUCAGUGACCGACAUUUUUGGUUUGGGCGUCCCCAAUUAGUUCUGUUUCUCAUUCAUUUUACAUUGUUUCAGAAUGCAUUUCAACUUAUAUAUUUUUUCUGGAUAUGGUAUGAAUUUGGGUUAAAAUCUUGCUUCCACGAGAAUUUUGAUCUCAUCAUUGCCAGAAUUUGUCUUGGGGUUGGAGUCCAAUUUUUGUGCAGCUAUAUUACACUUCCACUUUAUGCACUUGUAUCUCAGAUGGGAUCGCACAUGAAGAAGUCCAUAUUCCAUGAGCAGACAGCCAAGGCCCUCAGGAAAUGGCACCAAGAAGUGAAGAAAAAGCACAGCAGAGGAUCGUCGCUUUCUUCUCCAAGGACCCCAGGUACAAGCCCACGGUCAAGUCCAAAUGCAUCUCCACUUCACCAACUCUACCGCUGCAAGAGUAUAGGACACACAACCCUUUCUCCGAGAAGAUCCUUCUCAGACCCAGAGUAUUCAGAUACAGACUUUGAGGUGUCACCCUCGUCGACAACCAGUUUGAUCCCCUCCACCAAGCCAAAUAGCCAAGAGGCUGUACCAGCCAGACAACACAUACAUCCGGAAGAACAACGCCGUGAAGAGGACUUCUCAUUUGUGAAGGUGUCUGAUCAAACCCAAAAAAAUCCAUGAUGCCACCUUCCAUCUCAUUCUCAUGAUAUCAUAUAGCUGCCUCAGUUCAUUUCAUGUGUUUUAAUAUCAACAGUCUGGUUUAAAAGAAAAAUGUAAAGUGGAUAUCACUUGAUCCAGUACAAAAACUAGAAGAAAAGAACCCUGUAACAUGAAUGAGUAGGAGUAAUGCCCUGACCUAUGUACCAGAGGCCAUAUGGCAAAAUGUGUAUUAUGUAAACCAUGACAAAAGGGUGAUUUGUUAAUGAAAUAAAAAAUCAAAGCCAGUAACUUGAAAUUAA